AACUCGUAAUUUUCGACUUUGCACAAUCCAAAACGGACUAUGCAAGUUGAAAUGAAAAUAAAAAUUAGCUACAAAAGGCCCGAAGGGUGUUUUGUGGCGUCUGCUCCUUCGAAAGGAGUAAAGAGAGAGUUUUUGUGAAAAUAAUCUGUACACUCUAUAUAUCACUCUCCGACCCCACAGCUGAGAGAGAAAUCGAGCCGUUGAAGAAGGGAAGAGAGAGAGAGGAUGCUACAAGGACGGCACUAGAGAGAGUGUCAGCAACAGACAAUUGCGAUAGCGGCAGCCUAAAGACGACGCUUGCAGUGCACGGGAGGGCAAGUUAGUUGCACAUUCACCAGGAGGCGGCAGUUACCUCGUCUCCGAGGAGCCGGUCACACUACUUGCUCGGCGUCGUCUGCAGCCAAGUACUCCACCGCUGAGAUGUCGACGGAAAUGGAAGAACUUGAGAAUAUGGUAUUAAGUUUUCGCGUAUCCGAACUACAGAUGUUAUUAGGCUUUGCUGGUCGGAACAAGUCUGGGCGCAAGAAUGAGCUUCAGGCACGUGCGUUAGAACUGCUGCGUCUCAGAUCGCAUCCAGUACAGCUCAAGAUACGUGAGCUGUACAAGAGCAUCCAGGCUGAUCAACUGGCUGCUCAUCAAAUGUAUGGUCAAAGUGGAGCCGCAGCUGAACCACAAAUCGAAACGAGCAUGCAUUCCAGAAAUUACUUUACACGACAAGGACAUGCUCAAUCUUUGAGCCAACAGCAGUCUCAACAAGCUGUUCAACCAACCAAAGAUUUACCACCAGCUCACCAAGCUUCUAUUCCUCAAUCUCAGGUAGGGCAGAGAACAGCUCCAGUAUUUCAAACUCCUGGUUACACUAGUGUAACACCACAAUCUCGAACAACAAAUCCUGUUUAUCCUGGAGCGUACAAUGCUUAUACUCAACAAAAAGUUAUGUCCUUACCUGCACCUUUAUCUCUUCAACCAGCUCAAUACCCAGUUCAUCCAGACGUUAAAUUCAAAAGAUUACCAUUUUUUGAUAUGCUUGGUGAAUUAUUAAAACCGUCAAGUUUAAUGCCACAGGGCACGUUAAGGUUGCAAGAGAAUUCAUUUGUUUUUCACUUGACUCCGCAACAGUCUACAGAUAUUGCCAGUUCACGCGAUUGUAGGACAGGAAGUAAAAUGGAUUACACUGUGCAGGUGCAAAUGAGAUUUUGCCUUCAAGAAACUUCCUGCGAACAAGAGGACUAUUUCCCACCCAGUAUUAAUGUAAAAGUUAACGGAAAGAUGUGUCCUUUACCAAAUCCUAUCCCUACAAAUAAACCUGGUGUUGAACCAAAGAGACCGCCUAGACCAGUAAACAUUAGCCCCCUUGUAAAACUAUCUCCAACAGUAGCAAAUCAGAUAUCUGUAACAUGGUCAGCUGAUUAUGGAAGAAGAUAUGCUAUUGCAGUUUAUCUUGUAAAAAAACUUACUAGUUCUGAACUUUUAAUGAGAUUAAAGAAUAGAGGAUGUAAACAUUCUGAUUACACUCGAGGUCUAAUCAAAGAGAAGCUCAAUGAAGAUGCAGACAGUGAAAUUGCUACUACGUCUCUCAGAGUAUCGUUGGCAUGUCCGCUUGGAAAGAUGCGUAUGAGCACACCGUGUCGCGCAUCGACAUGCUCACAUUUACAGUGCUUCGAUGCUUCUUUAUUUUUACAAAUGAACGAAAGAAAGCCUACAUGGAACUGCCCAGUUUGCGAUAAAACAGCAUUGUACGAUAAUUUAACAAUUGAUGGUUAUUUCCAAGAAGUCUUGAGUUCAAACAAGUUAUUACCGGACGUCAACGAAAUUCAACUACUUCAAGAUGGUUCGUGGGAGAACUUGGUGGUGAAGAAAGAAAAUAAGGACAAGGAAAAAGAAAAAAGUGAAAAAGUUGAAAGCAAUGCUUCAAAUAAAGAAGUUGACGUAACAGUUGAUCUUGAUGAAAGUAGUUGCAAAUCAUCUACACCUGCACCAAAAGAAAGAAAACGUGCACUUGUAAUAGAUUUGAUAUCCGAUAGCGAAGAUGACGAUGAUGUCAUUUCCCAAAGCUCCUCCAAGAGACAGGCACUUUCAUCUCCAGCAAAAUCUCAAGCCAAUAACGCAAGCACCAGUGUUAUAAGUAGUACAAGUGACUCGCCUGAAUGUAUGAUUAUCGACUUAGACUAAGAGUCUAACUUUUUAUAAACCACGUAGUUGUAAGCGCGUUCAUGGAUAAAAGUAAGAGUUGGUGCACUGGCGAUUGGAAAAAUAACGUACAAAGUGAAGUGCACCGUGUUGUACAGCCAUUGUAUAAAGAUUGUCAUGUUAUUUAAAUGCUGUUGGGAGUCUUGUGAAAUAUGCUGGGAAAAAAUU